AUGCGGGUGGCCCAGCGCGCUGCACAUGGAGGGCGCUUGGGAGCUUCCAGGUGCUUCGUUGCAGCUGCAGAUGCUGUUCAGGGGCCGAAGUUGCGGAGAUACUUCACCAAAACGCAGGAGUGGUUCCAAGAUGAGGGCGAGGGCACCGGCGUGGUGGGCAUCACCCACUUGGCGCAGCGAGCACUGGGGGAGAUCGUCUACUGCCGUCUUCCAGCGCCCGGUGCUCGCUUCCAGGUCAUGGAGACUUUGGCCACCCUGGAGGCUGUGAAAAGCGUCGGGGAGGUGCACAGCCCGGUGGCCGGCGAGGUCCUGGAGGUGAAUGACAGGUUGGAGCGGGAACCCUGUUUGGUGACGCGCUCACCCUUGGUGGACGGCUGGCUCCUCCGCCUGGCCUUCGACGGAGAGAUUCCCAGGUACUUGCGACGCAGCAGCGCAGUGCAGCGCUUUGAAGUGGAGCCACUGCUCGCAGAUUUCGUGGGACUGACCCGAUUCCUGGAGGAGAAACUCAUUGGCAGCGAGUUGGAAGAGUUGACCUUCGCCAACCUGCGCAGCAUGGAGCGGAGCUUCAUCCAUCGUGCGGCCCAGGAGCUGGGCCUCUUCAGUUGCUCUCAGGGCACCGGCCUGGGCCGUCAGCUGCUGGUGCGACGAACGCCCCAAGAGGACACUGACGCGUUGGAGGUGCCAGUGGAGGCUCCCGAGCCACCGGUGGUCCAGCGCAGUGAAGGUCCCAGAAGCCGCAAGCGGAGGGGAGUGCAUUUGGUGGAGAAGAGCAUGCCCUUCUAG